AUGGCUACUGAUGAAUACACUACUGCUUGUCUUGAAAAAGAAGCAAGAGAAUAUGAAAAAGCAAUUGCAUUGUUCACAAAAAUUCUUAGUGAACAAAAUAAUACAACAAACAAAAAUUAUCUAAUUAUGGUCUACAAACGUCGAGCAGAAUGCUACUAUAAAUUGGCUAAAUUUCAGAAUGUGAUUGACGAUAUCAAUAAAGCAAAACAAGAAGGUUUUGAUAUUUCAAAAGAUCCUGACUUUUUCUACAUCCUCAAUCACUGUACAAUACAAUGUACCUUACAACAAGUGAUCAAUAAUUUUGAAGAUCAAGCAAGGCUUGAUCCUCGUCGUGGCGACUAUUAUCGAGUAAUUAGAUCGUUAGAUGCUUUAAAGCUUUCUAACAUAUUUACUUAUAGAGAAGAACAUCCACCAGAACGUGAUCGGUCACAAUCAAGAGAUCGUCAUAAGAAAAGAUAA